CAGGCCCAGCUGAGAGAGCAGAGAGCCGCGUUGGAAACAUCCAAGUAUGCUAAGUAUACUAACACUCCCACCACCUCUACUCCAUGCGUUUCUCUGCACAGGCCCUGUGCACCCAAGACGCGAUCUUCCGAGAUGUCCUUCACUCCGGCACAGGGACACGAUGGAACCUGGGUGCACCAGCAGCGGAAGACGCGAGCCAGGCCCUGGGUGACGACCUCUCCCCCUCCACAGCCUCCGGCCUUCGAGAUCUCCACCCGGAACCGCUUCGCUCCCCUCUGCGAGACGGAACGCGACACUGUGAUCAUCGGAGACUCCAUCGUCCGGCACGUCCGUGCUACGUUAGCUGAAGAUAAAGUGCACACUCACUGUUUCCCUGGUGCUCGUGUUCUCAAUGUUUCUGCGCAGAUACCCGCGAUCCUGAAGGGCGACGAGAGCAUCGGCGCUGUCGUGCUGCACGCGGGGGUUAACGACACCAAGCUGCGGCAGACGGAGACACUGAAGAGGGACUGUACGAUGCACAUCAUCGUGUCACGUAUUGACGAGGACACGAAAGGUUCAGUAGACUUUUUGCUUCAAACGAAUGGUUAUUGUCAUGGUAUAAAGAACAGAAACUGCUCUUUGUUAAUAAUUGGAAUCUUUUCUGGGAGCAUCCUAGGCUAUUCCAUGCUGAUGGCCUGCACCCCAGCAGAGUCGGAGCGGAACUCCUGUCGGACAACAUCUCCAGGACGCUACGCUCCAUCUGACUAGAAUUACAGAAGCUUCAGUCUGGAUCCAACCCUUAAAUGAUCUGAGAUGACCAAACACAAGAGAUGAUGCCAACCCCUCAGAGGACCUCAGAGGAUGCCAACCCUCAGACAAUAUACAGAAUUACCAAAUUUUGCCAUAAAUUAAAUAUAUUGUAGAAACUUAAUUUCCUGUAAAGAUGCUGUGCAACGAUUUGU